AUGAGAAAUACUUCAAACACCUUGCACGGCCAAAUCCACCGUCUUCUAACCUCUGCCGCUGGUCUCGACUGUGGCAUAUAUGGCCACCUCCUCCAUCACUUGACAGAACUCCGUCUCCCUCUUCAAGCAAAGCAACUCCAUGCUCGCCUCAUUCUCUUCUCAGUCACUCCCGAGAACUACCUUGCUUCCAAAUUAGUUGCUCUCUACUCAAAAACUAACCACCUAGCUUUUGCUCGUUACGUAUUCGAUCAAAUUCCGCAUAAGAACACCUUCUCCUAUAAUGCUAUGCUCAUAUCCUACUCUCUUCACAACCGCCACGGAGAUGCAUUGGACCUUUUCUCCUCCUUAGCCUCCUCGAAUUUAGUGAAUAAUAUUUCCAUUACAUGCUUGUUGAAGUCGCUGUCUAGUUUUACGUUAAGUGAUGUUAAAUUGGGUAAGGAAGUUCAUGGCUUUGUUCUGAGAACUGGGUUUGAUGCUGAUGUUUUCGUGGAGAAUGCUUUAAUCACAUAUUAUUCUAAAUGUUAUGAUUUAGAUUUAUCCAGGAAGGUUUUUGAUAGGAUGACAAAGAGAGAUGUGGUCUCUUGGAAUUCCAUGAUUUCAGGUUAUUCUCAAGGAGGGCUUUAUGAGGAUUGUAAAACUUUAUAUAGAGAAAUGGUCGAUUUCUCGGGGUUUAGGCCUAAUGGGGUUACUGUGGUCAGUGUCUUGCAAGCAUGUGGGCAGACACAGGAUCUUGCUUUUGGGAUGGAAGUUCAUAAAUUUAUUGUUGAUAAUCAGGUUGAGAUUGAUAUUUCGGUUUGUAAUGCUUUGAUUGGAUUGUAUGCAAAAUGUGGGAGUCUGGAUUAUGCUAGGGAAUUGUUUGAUGAGAUGAGUGAAAAGGAUGAAGUAACCUAUGGCGCUAUCAUAUCCGGGCUCAUGCUUCAUGGAUAUGUUGAUCAAAGUUUGGAACUUUUUAGAGGAAUGAAAACUCAAAUACUAAGUACAUGGAAUGCAGUGAUUACAGGUUUGGUACAAAAUAACAGGCAUGAGGGGGUUUUAGAUUUGGUUAGAGAAAUGCAAGCACUUGGUUUUAGACCUAAUGCUGUGACGCUUUCAAGUGUACUUUCUACAAUUGCGUAUUUUUCAAGUUUGAAAGGAGGGAAAGAGAUACAUUCUUAUGCUAUUAAAAUUGGUUAUCACAGGAAUAUUUAUGUUGCCACUGCAAUUAUUGAUAUGUAUGCGAAAUCAGGAUAUCUUCGUGGGGCACAAAGGGUAUUUGAUCAAUCAAAAGAUAGGAGCCUGGUUAUUUGGACUGCAAUAAUCUCAGCAUAUGCUGUUCAUGGGGAUGCUAAUUUAGCUCUCGGUCUUUUUCAUGAGAUGUUGAAGCAAGGAAUUCAGCCAGAUCCAGUCACAUUCACUGCAGUUUUGGCAGCUUGUGCUCAUUGUGGAAUGGUGGAUAAAGCUUGGGAAAUUUUUGAGUCCAUGUUUAAGAAAUAUGGUAUUCAGCCCUUGGUAGAGCAUUAUGCUUGUGUGGUUGGGGCUCUGGGCAAGGCAAGGAGGCUUUCUGAAGCUAAAGAGUUUGUUUCUAAAAUGCCAAUUGAGCCAAGUGCAAAAGUUUGGGGUGCAUUGCUUCAUGGAGCUUCUAUUUCCAGUGAUGUUGAACUUGGAAAGUCUGUUUGUGAUUAUUUGUUUGAAAUUGAACCAGAAAAUACUGGUAAUUAUGUCAUAAUGGCCAAUCUAUAUUCCCAGGCAGGGAGAUGGAAAGAAGCUGAUGAGGUUAGAGAAAGGAUGAAUAAAGUUGGGUUACAGAAGAUCCCAGGUAGUAGCUGGAUAGAAACUAGUGAAGGACUACGGAGCUUUAUUGCAACAGACACAUGUACAGAAAAUGUUGAAGAGAUUCAUGUGAUAUUGAAAGGUUUGCUUGGAUUGAUGAGAGAUGAAGGCAAGGUUUUGCAAGACAUGCUUGAUGAGGAGAGUAUCUAUCCUUAGAACAUUAAAUUCACAUAAAAUUAUUGUAAAUUAGUAAAAGGUUCAGGCAGUUCAAUGUAAAGUGUGUUCACAUGGGUACUCUGUGAUCAUCUAUUGCUUCAACACUCUGAGAGAUGCCAGGUCUGUUGCAUGUUUGAUAUUCAAAGGCUGUGCUAGGUUUGGCAUCUGGAAGGAUUUACUUCGUGUAGAAGUUGAGCUGUGCAAUUUGGCCAAGGUGCUUAAAAUGUUGGAGCCAGCACAUUUUCCUUGUAUCAGGGGAAAAAUGCUUUUAUAGUUCAUCUCUUUGUUGGGUUCUCCCUUCUGAAUAUGUUGAUCAUAAACACUGAGCUACCAAGAUUGUUACCUUAUUUUGUUAUCAUACAUGGCUGGCUGCUAUCCAUGGUACGUAAGCAUUUCCAGA